AUGCCUAUGGCAGAAAGCACAGCAGAGCUUCAAAGGAUAAGCUCGAUGUGAUGCCAAGUGUAUGACUUUGGAGAUUUGAAUUUCACUCAAGUUCCCAAUGAUGAACUGUACAACAACCUGAUACUAUAUCCACGGUCAGUGGGUUUAGCCAGCCAGGUACUGGCUGAUGCUGUAAGCAGAGCAGUAGCUGCUGGACACAGCUGUGUGACUAUAGGAGGUGAUCACAGCUUGGCACUUGGUUCUGUCAGUGGCCACGCACGGCAGUGCCCACACCUUGGUGUGAUCUGGGUGGAUGCGCAUGCUGAUAUCAACACCCCUCUUACGACUCAGUCUGGAAGCCUCCACGGACAACCUCUGUCAUUUCUCUUGAGAGAGCUUCAAGAUAAAGUACCACAGCUUCCUGGCUUUUCCUGGCUAAAGCCCUGCCUGUCAGCAUCUGAUAUUGUGUACAUUGGUUUAAGGAAAAAGAAUAGUAACUAUAUUUUGAAGAACUAUGACAUCCAGUAUUUUUCCAUGAGGGAUAUUGAUCGCCUUGGAAUUCAGAAAGUUAUGGAAAGAACAUUUGAACAACUGAUGGGCAGGAGACAAAGACCAAUUCAUCUGAGUUUUGACAUUGAUGCUUUUGAUCCCUCAUUGGCUCCAGCAACCGGGACUCCCGUUCUAGGUGGAUUAACUUACAGAGAAGGCAUGUACAUCACAGAGGAAAUACACAACACAG